UCGAACGUCGUGUGUUAUUUUAGUAACAAAGGAAUCUAAAUAAUGGUUUCCUUGAUUGUUUGUAUAAAAAAUGCUUAAUAUCCCUUGACAUGCGUCGGAAAAAUAGUUUAUUACGCCACGCCAUGCCACGCCAUCUAUAAGAAACUCCAGGGCGAGUACUAAAACGAAGAUGGAAAACAAGAUGGCUGACCGGAGACGGAAAUAAUUGGAUCCUCGUUUUGAGGUUAUUCGAGGGAAUUUCAAGCCCGUUAAUGAACUUUAUCGAAUGAUACUUGAAAUUAAGAGUGCGAUUAAUGUUUCUUUUUUUAGGCAGGUUUAUUUACUUACUAGAGCCCUUAUAGGGUCUCCAAUAAUGGAGAUAUUGUUGUCUUUCGUGGUAACAAUGUGAAAACAAAGAUGGACGCGUUGACGUUUGGCUCGCACAGAUUGGUACAUCUGGAUCUGAAAGGCGCCCCGCCUCGCUUGUGUUACUUUGAAAAACUAUUUCCAUUGUUAAGGUCAUGGGGAGCUACGGGCCUGCUUCUGGAAUGGGAGGAGACCUUUCCGUACACCCGAGAGCUAACUCCAAUUGGGAGCAAUGGCCUACAGGGCCAGUCGAGUGGCUAUACCAACCAGGAAGCUCGUCAGUUACUACAAAUGGCAGGUGACUCCGGCUUGGCGGUGAUUCCACUGGUUCAGACCUUUGGACACAUGGAGUUUGUCUUAAAGCACAAGGAAUGGAGAUCGCUGCGGGAAGUUGAACACUUUCCCAGCUCCAUGUGUCCCUCUAACCCAGGAACGCUGCUGCUAGUGAAGUCCCUUAUCCGGCAGAUCGUCACGUUCCACCCUGACAUCCAGUACCUGCAUAUCGGGGCUGAUGAGAUCUGGCAUUUAGGCCUCUGUUCGGUCUGCAUAAAACGUGCCACAUCUAGCAAGCAUGGAAGGUCCUCCUUAUAUUUAGAACACAUUCUGGCUAUUGCACAGUUUAUCCAGGACACGUAUCCCUACCUGAAGAUCAUCAUCUGGGACGACAUGCUACGAUCGAUAGACUUACAGGUUUUGAAGGAAUAUUAUGUCGGAAAGUACGUCGAACCGAUGAUAUGGCAUUACAGUGCAAGGGAGACCUUUUCAUUACCUCCAGAUCUGUGGGACAAGUACAGCUCUGUGUUUCCUAAUAUUUGGGCUGCGACUGCGUUCAAAGGAGCCACAGGAUCGUGCCAGCAUAUUCCUAUAAUCCACCACCACGUCAGCAAUCACGAGAGGUGGUUGGAAGAGCUGAGCACUCACGUCAACAAAGUGCAUGAGUUUCGAGGAACUGCAUUCACUGGUUGGUCCAGGUACGAUCAUUAUGCAACAAUGUGUGAGCUGCUGCCCACAGCGAUACCUUCUUUGGCUCUGUGUCUGAAAGUUUGGUUACAUGGCUACACCGAGCAGAUUUUCACUGAAGUAGCAAAGAGCCUUGGCUACAUCGAACAUCCUCUACACGUCACUCCUCAACCGAGACCUGCUCCGAUACCAAGUAGUCUCCUUUUUCCUGGAUGGCAGGUUGCCGUCGGUAUCGAAUGGUUUCUAAACUUCAAGGCAAAAUUCCACAACGUCACUGAAAGUGAACAAAUAAGGACUUGGAUGAAUCCAUGGCAAGUGGCGAACAACUUUACCAACCCUAUGCAACUUGAGAGUCUCGUACCUGCCAUAACUAAUCUAUUGCUGGAACUGUCUUCACUGGAGGGGUAUUUGAAAGUCCAGAUGGAAGCGAUGUUCUUCCCAUUUACAAUCGACGAAUGGUUCGGCACUCACAUCGAGCCUAUGAAGGACAAGCUGAAGGAACUGAAGAGAACCACCGAAAAUCAACUGAAAUUGGGAUGUCGAACAUAGUAUUUUAACAAAAGGGCUCGUAUUUUAUGAGAAGAUUUCACAUAACCUCUAUCUCUGUAACAUAAAGUCGAUCAGAUGUGUCUACCAUUGGUGAGUAAUUUCUCAUUUGGACUUGGGGUCCUGUUACCGAGGAAACAUUAAAAUUCUUCUUGUAUAAUUGUUAUAUAAGACUUUGGAAUGGAAGAUGCACAAUUUUGUAUAAGAUUAAGCAAUCAAAGGCUAGUUUCUCACUCAACGCUACUUUGUCGAGAAGGUGAUAUUAUCGAGUAGUCUUCGAUGUUGCACAUUCGAAGAGGUAAUUAUGCCAUUCUUAGGGAUCUUUAGAUUCUAGUAUGCGUUCGACCGUACUUGAUAUCUUAAGAUGUAUUUUGUCAAACUUUAGAUUCCAAUAACGUUUAAUUCUUAGUCGUACUUAAUGUCACAUACACUUGUACAGAGCAUUGGUCAAAAUCUACAUUUUUCAUAGAAGAUAUUCAAGUAGAGGUAUUAUAAAUAAAGUCGAGGAAACUUUAGGUAUCUUUAAGUAGAGAACAGAGAGCAUCUAAAUUUUAUAUUGAGUGUUAAACAUAAAUACUUUAGCGCUUUAAAUCCUUUUAAAGAUGACGUUUAGUCCUACUUAGCGUAGCAGAUAAUAAUCUGUUAUAUUUCUAGUUUAGCAGUAGUUUUUAAUUAAGUGAAGAGGUGUAUAUUAUUUUAUAUAAAAUACCUCUCUUGUAAACAAAUACAGAGAUAUAUAUUUCUUUAAGGUUAUCGAGGAGAGGAUCACCCUUAGUGACUUUUAAUGUAGCAAGAGCCUUUUAAAGACUUCUGAUUAGCCCUUUCUUGAAGAUUAGGGAGCGUCUAGUUUUAUACAGAGUAUUUAUUCGCACUGUAUGUACAAUAUUUUGUAGAACACCGUUCGGUAGUCUAACUUAGUUUACCGUCGGUUUACACAUAACAAUUUGUGACUCCCUGUUGACUUAAAAAAUACUUACUUAGUCUUUUGGAAUAUUCCUGCUCUAUGCUGUGAUAAUCGAGAAUAAAACGAUAAAAAUACUAAGUCAUAUAAUUGUGUUUAAACUAAUGUUAGAAAAUUUUAAGAGAAUUAAAGUCAACGGCAAAUGUAA